UGAUCCUGGCUCAGUCUGAUUCCCCCCGUGAGCGUAACGCAAGGAGAAGCUGUGAGGGACCUGGUGGGUGUAGCGGCGCCGCUGUGACAGUGUGAUGGUGCAGUGAGUCGCGUCGCCAGUCAUGGGCAAUAAACAGGGCCAGGAGCUCUCGCCCGAGGAGAAACAGAAACUAAAGGACGAGAAAGAACGUGAGAAAAGGCAAUUAAAGGAAGAAAAAGAGCGUAAAAAGCUUGAAAAGAAGGAAGAGAAACGGCGUAAAAAGAAAAAGAAGAGAAAGGAAUAUCAUGGAGGAAGUGCUUUCUCGGAACGAGGUGAUGAUGACGACGACGAGAGCAUCAGCAGCUCCGCCUGGUCAGAAAAAAGUGUAGGUUCGGCUCCGGGGUCAUGGUAUCACUCGGCCUCGGAGCCUUCCUCCAAGCGAUCAUCCAUCUACCUCCCGGCGUCUGCAGGUCCCGGCUACUACCAGCAUGAGUGUUGGUACCAAGGGUACGAGGACAGCAGCUCGGAAAAGUCCAAAUCGCCAUCGCGGACAUCGAGUACGAAGGACACGCUCAACCUGCGAGCCGCGUCCCUCGAGCGCUACCCGUUGGGCGUGCCCACGGGGGAGCCCAUCGAGCCUCUACACAAGGCAGGCUCGCUAGACAUCCCCUCGGCCGUCGCUCACAAGAAGGAUCGGGCUAGACGCGCCGGAUCUAACGAGGAGACCUCUCUCAUUGCCGCCCGAUACGAAGAAACGAUCCGUCUCUCUCGAGAUCAUCUGGAGAGAACCUCGGCUGAACGCGUCGCCCGCAGUGAAAGGAUCUUGACCCAACGAGCAUCCCCAGAGGACUGGUCCCUCACAGCGGACCGCGCCUCUCCCAUUGACAAACCCCUUCAGACUGAACGCGUCACGCUGAAGGAGCGCGCCCUGCCUAAGGACCGUGCACCCACGAGAGACCACGCCCCGGUGACGGAAAGAACACCUCUGUCAGACCGAGAUUCCUCCAGUGACCGAGGACCUGCUGCGGCGGGUCCAGUGGCUGGACGCUCCGUCAUUACCCGCGCCUCGCUCACCUCCCCCUCCCACUACCCGGCUGAGGAAGAGUCCGCUCGAGGGGAGAAACGCAAGUUCCCCCUGCCCGCCCACGGACUGCUUUCCAGGGAGGAAGGCGCAGCAAUCUCUGAGGCUAAGCGGCAAUCUCUCGACUACACUUCCGACCAUACCUCCGUUACCGGCUCUGUCUACUACUCGGCGGACGAGGGUGGUUCCCUCACCGGCUCCGUCUACUACAGCGCCACGUCUGGCUCGGAGCUGGAAGACCACGCCGACGAUGACGACAUUCUCGGCAAAGACCGGCCAAGCCCCCCGGGACAGCCUGAAGCAGUGGACAGGGAGGGAAGUGUCCUCAGCAGAUUGGCGUAUGUCAAGGUGGAGAACGAUGCCCUGUUACUUCGCUGGGACGCUCCUGUUACCGACGGAGGCUCCCCUAUCACCGGCUAUAUCAUCGAGCGGUGCGAGGGCGAGGGCAACGUGUGGAUGCGGGUCAACCUGGUAGCGAUCAGGGACACAGAGUAUGCGGUGGCCAACAUGGUGGGCGGCAAGGAGUACCGCUUCAGAGUGACAGCUGAGAACGCCGUGGGGUCCUCUGAUCCAUCGCCGCCCUCCGAACCAGUCAGCGUCUCCACGGACCAGGAGGCCACGGAGCCACACUUCCUCAGGGAACUCCGCGAUGCUGUUGCCGUGGAGGGCCAGAAGGUUGAGUUUUCAUGUGACAUCAUUGGGACUCCGCGGCCAGACAUCACAUGGUUUAAGGACGGCUUUGAGGUUUACGAUACCCGCCGCUUUGUGUUCCUGGUGGAGGGGGACCGCUACAUCUUGGUGCUGAAGGAGGCCAAGUUAACUGAUGAGGGAGACAUCAGAGUGAGGGCCACAAACCGCGUGGGUGCUGCCUCUUCUCAAGCCACUUUCACUGUGCAAGCCCCACCCAAGAUCAAACUUCCAGCCCAGUACGAACAAGGACUUAUCUUCGACACAGACGAACUUAUCCGACUUCGUGUGCCAUACACAGGACGACCUCAGCCACAUGCUUCCUGGACCCACAAUGGCAAACAGAUUGAGGGUGAUGAGAGGCACACUGUGGAUGUAUCAGACAAGUAUGUAACCCUGAAGAUUGCAGGUGCCAGCAGGACAGACAAGGGCCUCUACACUCUCAAACUAUCCAACCAGCAAGGCAAAGAUGAUGCCUCUUUCUUUGUUACAGUCACAGAUCGACCAGAUCCCCCAAGUGCCCCAACAAUCACUGAUGUGUCUGGCACGGCCCUCACCCUGCGCUGGGACCCGCCACGCGAUGAUGGCGGCUGCAGAAUCUCAAACUACAUUGUGGAGUACUUCAGAGUGGGGUGGGAUGUGUGGCUGAAGGCUGCCUCUUCUCGGAUCACCUGGAUGCAGCUCACAGACCUCAUCGUGGGGUCGGAGUACCGCUUCCGCAUCAAGGCUGAGAAUGCAUAUGGAAUCUCUGAGGCUGGUGGAGAGUCUCAGCAAGUCCUCAUUGAAGAAGCCAAGAGCACUGAGGGGUCAUUUGAAUCUGAGACCUUCAAAUCAUUAGCUGCUGCCAGCUCCUCAGUGCAAAAGGAAAGCAUCACACUCCUCCAAGGCUCAGGUGAGAGCUACUCUUUUGAUAUGGGUGGUUCUGGUGAGAGCUCUGCCAUGGGUUCCUUUGAUGCUGGUGAGGGUCCUAUGACCAGCCGAGCAAGAUUUCUCAGUCAUGGCAUCUCAGAUGAGCACCCACCUUCUUUGGCCAGCUCAGAGGAUCAAGAGCAGCCUGUCUCUGUUAGAAAACAACCUACAUUUGAAAGUGAAGCCCGUCGAGGACCUUUCCUGGAGGCUGCAUCAUCAGAAGAAAGAGCAAGGUCUUUUGAAACUUCCUCAGAUGAGAGAGGAAGAUCCUUUGAUAUUGAGUCUUCAGUGGAGAGAGGACAGUCCUUUGAUAUUGAGUCCUCAGUGGAUAGAGGACAGUCUUUUGAUUUAGAGUCCUCAGUUGAAAGAGGACAGUCCUUCGAGAUUGGCUCCUCAUUUGAGAAAGGAGCAGCGUAUGAUGUGCAAUCCUCACUGGACCGUGGCCCGUCUUUCGACUCCGAAAUUAUACGAAAUAAGCCGGACACCUUCCAGUGGGGCAUUGCUGACGAACCAUCUCAGAGUGAUUCUCUGGGAAGGGAAGUAUCCAUUGAAAUCACAGGCUCAGAUGGUUUGCCUGUGGAACGAGGUAGCUCCUACGAGGAUGAGCAUCUCCUUAAAACAGCAGAAUACCUGGCAGGACCUGCGGGAGGGUCCCUUGACCUAGGUAGCUCUGCUGGGGAGUCCAUGGACCUCGGAGGCUCCUUUGAAAGUAUGGAGCUUCCGAAGGCCCCUCCUCGCUCUCCUCGCAGGAGCUCACCUCGCUCACCUGCCGAGCAACCCUCGCCCGCCCCAGUCAAGGGGCCUCCACCUCUCCCACCAGCAGGAGGGGACUUGGAUCAUGGCUUACCCCCUGCCCCGCCCCCCAGGUCCCGCCCCACAGAGUCUCGCCCUUCCACUGCCCCUGAGGUCCCCCUGCUGGGCAGGGAAGUAGGUGCCCCUCCCCGCAUCACACUAGGGGAGGAAGGAGAAAUGGUCCCCACCCCACCCCCAAGGAGUUAUCGCUCGGGAUCCAGAGCUUCCACGGGCACUGACUCCUCUCUUCUUGGUGACGCACCGCCCUACCACGUGUUGGGGGCAGAAGGUGGCUGUGAGUUGGCACCCACACCGCCACCACGAAGUCGUCGAUCGGGAUCUAGGGCGUCUACAGUGUCAGAACUGUCUGCCCUAGAAGUGGAAGGUGGGUGUGAGCUGGCACCCACCCCACCCCCAAGGUCCCGCCGCCCAGGGUCGCGCUCCUCCAUCACUUCAGAAUCGUCAGCAGCCCUGGGGUGGAGCCCAACGCCCGCCCGAAGGAAGAAGCGACGCAAGACUGAAGCUGACGCAGAGAUGGCAGAAGGCGCUGAGUCACCGGUAGUGCCUCCUCGCAUCCACCGCCGAGGGUCACGCGCCUCCCAGAUCUCCCAGGCGUCCACGGUGACCUCCGAGACCCAGUUUGAACCGGAAUCCUUCGCCCGAGACACCCCACCGCCUUCAGACGUUGCCGACAUCGCGAAAGCCCAGGCAGCCCCACUUAGCACACCCUCGUCUGAAAUGUUGGAUGCCUUGGUGAAGCCCCGGAUGGAGGCGGUGACGGUGGCGACGGGCGAAGAGGCGGUGCUGGCGGUGACCCUCGAUAAUGUUCACCCAACCAAGAUAACAUGGCAGAAGGGCGGGCGAGCAUUGGAGGCUGGUGCUCAUUACACCACGACGCAGACGCAGCGCUCGGCCCAGCUGGUCAUUCACGAUGUCACCAGCCAGGACUCCGGCAUCUAUACAGCGGUGGUGGACAGGCGGGACGGUACACAGGCUCGAGCAAAAGUAUCAUUGAAGGUGGAGAGCCGAGCACCCACAAGCAGAGUAGAGGCACCAGUCUUUGUGAGAACUCUUAGUGAUCAGUCAGCCAAGGUUGGGACACGUGUCAGGUUCCUAGUGGAGCUGCGACAAGCCCGGGAUGAUGUGAAGGUGUUUUGGUACCACAAUAAUGCUGAGGUGUCCCAAGAACCUCAAUACCGAGUCCUUCAUGAAGGGAACUUCUUCUGUCUGGACAUCUCCCCGCUGAGUGUAUCAGAUGAAGGAACUUGGAAGUGUGUGGCAGAGAACUCUUCAGGUCAAGCCUCAAGCUCCUCCUCCUUCAAGGUCAUAGUGCCUAAGGGUUAUCGGGCACCUGUCUUCCUUGAGGCACUGGAAGCCCUGCUAACGGAUGAAGGCACUGUCAGCCUUGAGUGUAAAGUGGUUGGCAUUCCCACACCUGUCCUCAAGUGGUUCAAGGAUGGUGCCGAGAUCAAAGCUGGAGAUGUGUUUGCCCUUACUGCCAAUGCCAAUGACCCCACCUCCCUCGGUACCUACACCUGCGAGGCAUCCAACUGCAUGGGCCGUGCUGUGUCCUCCUCCAGGGUGAAGGUGGUUUCCAGGGACAUGUCACUCCUGCCGCCUGCCAGGAAGGAGCAGAGGUCCCCAACACCCAUUGGUCCCCCACCAGUGUUGCUGGAUCGACUGGUGGACCGCAAGGUGAAAAUUGGAGACAAGACCCGGUUCAUUGUUAAAGUGGAGACACCGCCUGAGGUGCAGUCGGUAUCAUGGUACCACAAUGGCCAAAAGGUUGAGAAAAGUGACCGCUACCGCCUGAGCGAUGAGGGCGGGGGGAGAAACCUGCUGGAGAUUUCAUCCACGGAGCUCGGUGAUGAUGGAGACUGGAAGGCUGUGGUGAAGAAUGAGGGUGGAUACACUACCUCAGUUGCCAACCUCACCCUCUCUGUUCCUCGAAACUACCGCACUCCUCGCUUCCUGGACAACUUGAAGGCUCUCUUAACUGAGGAGGGGUUAGUGUCAUUUGAAUGCAAGGUGGUGGGUUACCCAACACCCACUCUGCAGUGGUUCAAGGAUGGCCAGGAACUCAAGCCAGGUGAUGUGUACCAACUCUCUGGAACAAACUCCCUUGGCAAAUACUCAUGCAUUGCCAAGAACUGCAUGGGUGAGGCUCAGUCCAUGGCAGAACUCACUCUUGAAGAUAUCAAGGCUCACUUGAAUGAGGAAGAGAAAGAGCAGUUGCUAGCCACCAAUAUUCCUCCAAGGUUCAUCCAGGGACUGAGGAGUCGUGAUGUGAAGAUUGGCGAUCCCUUCAGACUCACCGUGCAAGUGACAGUGACACCAUCCCCCUCUGUGACCUGGUACCAUGAGGAUGAGAUCAUUGUCGCAUCAUCCAAGUAUCGCAUGACGCAGCAGGAGGCUGGCAUCUUCCACCUGGACAUUGACCACCUAGAGAUGACUGACCAGGGUGAGUGGAAGUGUGUGGCCAGCAAUGACUAUGGACACAGUGUUACUGCCACCUCCUUGAAGUUGGUAAUUCCUCGCCACUACAAGAAGCCUGUCUUCCUGGAGCCUCUUCGUGCUGUUCUCUCUCAGGAAGGAACUGUCAAUUUGGAAUGCAAGGUUAUUGGAGUCCCUCAGCCAAACCUCAAGUGGUACAAGGAUGGGGUGGAGCUCCAACCGGGAGACAUCCACCGCAUCAUCAGUGGGGAGGACGGCACCUGCUGCCUGGGAACGUAUACCUGUGAGGCCACCAAUGUCAUGGGCUCCGCUUCCUCCUCUGCCUCGCUCUUAGGAUUUGAGGAUAAAUUCUUGGAGAAGGAGAAGAUGAAGGCUGAUCCGGCACCACUGGGUGAUCUGAGGGGCAUUGCCAGAAACCCAUCCCUGUCCACCAUCAAUGAGGAGCACUCCUCUCAGAUCUCCAUGUACGAGUCAGCAAUGUCUGAGGCGUCUGCACUGGAUGAUGAGAAAGCUGAUGUGUCUGUCAGUAUUGAUGGCAAGGAAAUCUCCCUCUCACUCUAUGAUACUCCAGAUAUUUCUGAGGCAGAGGCCAAGCAAAUUGCUGAAUUAUAUGCUGAGGAAAUUUCUGAUCAUAUCUCAGCUCACGAAAACAUUCAGGCUGAGCUUCCACCUCUCCGCUUUACCCGGGAAACCUCCUGCAAGGGUCCUGUUCUGAUGGAGGCCAUGGUGAUUGAUGUGGAGAAUGAUGCCUUUGAGGAAUAUAUGAGUUUGACAGACCUGGCUUAUGAUGAUGCUCGCACUGAGGCAGAUGUGGAGGAGCUUUCACCUUUGGAGGCCAUUGUUGUGGAGGAGAGGGAGGCACUGCGUUCUGAUAUUGCAGACCUCUCUGACAUGGAGUCCUGGGAGGAGGAGACCCUCUCAGCACACACUGUGGAUCCAGAGGGCAAGGCUGUGGCUCAAGUCAACAGGCAAGAUGUGCUUCAGCAUGACCUUCGUGUCCUUAGUGAACAAGGUCUGUCCAUGCUACAAGAACAUGGUGUGGAGAAGCAUGUCCUCAUGAAAGGCAAAGCAGCCAUGGUUGAGGAGGCACAGGUGAUGAGUGCUGAAAAAACACUCACCAGUGAAAAGCAGCAUGCCACCAAGGCUGAAGGUCAUGUGCUGCCUGAACUGAAUGUUGCAGAAACAGAAGAACAAGCUGUGUUGACUGGCCUGCAACCCAUGAAAACUGAAAAGAAACAGGCAAAGCGUUCCAUAGAACCACACGAAGCUGCUAUAAUGCAGGAACAGCAGGCCUUAUCUGAAGGAGGAACACUUUCAGAAAUGACAAGCAUCAGCAAGAUCAGUGAGCAGCAGGCAAGCCAAGUGAUGCAGGAAGCCUUGGAAAUUGGCUGUCAAGAGGCAGUAGAGCAAGCCAAAUCCAUGGAGUCAGAAGAGAGACCUUCAAAGAAAGCAAAAAAAGCCUCUGUGCAGAAAGUCCAUGAAACAGGGGAAGCAGCAAUUGUUCAGAUUCCAGAAGUGUGUGAAGGUGAAGGGAAGGCUCCCUCAAUCCAUCAAAUACAGAAGCAGCAGGCAAAGCAAGUAAUUUCUGGACAAGAGGGCUAUGAGGUUGCCAGUGUUGAGAUCAUGGAAGAUGCUGCUUCCUUUGAAACCAAGGCUACUUCCAGUCAGCAUGCCAAGGUAAAGGAUACUUCCCAGAAAGAAGCACUCAUGAUGGAGACUGCUGAAACUGUUAGUGAUGCUCCUAGCUUUAGAUUAGAACAAGCUAAAGCUCAAAAGGCACAGGCAAGCCAAGUUUCAAUGGUUGGUGUAGCACAACAGCAGCAGCAGCACGUGCUCUCUACUGUCCAGGACAUGUCUCAACUCUCACAGGCUCAGGAAACUGCAGCUGAUUUCAGUGAUUCCUUGGAACCUUUGCAGCUUGCAGAACAAUAUGGCUUGGAAUAUGCUGAGGCCUUUGAAGCACUGACACCUGAGCAGCAGGUGGCUCUGCAGAUUGACCCAAAUUAUCAGAAAGCUCUUAUAGUUGCCAUUAGGGAAGUUCAGUCUCAGGCUGGUGAAAUAUCACAGCAGAGUAUACAGGAGGCACAGGCUCAUCCUCAACAAAUUCUGCAUGAGGCCGUACAGGGCUAUGAGCAAAUGGCAAUGUUAUGUGAAUUUAAGGACAUUAGUGAAUACAUGCGAGUAAUGAGUGACAGGGCUCAAGUUCUUACUGAGACAGCCAGGGAGGCAAUAAUGGUUCAUGAAGCUCAUAUUGAAGAUGCUAGUCAUCAAACUUCAAUUGUGUCUCAGCAAACUGCAGCUCGUUCUGAGAAAGCUGUUGCUGGUGUAGUGGAAGGUGCAGCAGAAUCUGCUACCAUUGGAGAACCUCCUGCAAUGGAAAAACCUGAAAAAGCCAUUAAAAAGGAUGCUGAGAGGAAGGAUAAGAAAAGAUCUGCUGCUGAAUUAAUUAGUGCUGAAGAAAAUAAAGCUAAAGAUGGGGCUCAAACAGUAAAGGUGUCAGAAGUAGAUUCAGCUACUGCAAAGAAGGCCAAGCUGGAAGAGGAGGAAUCUCAAGUUGAUGAGGCUGUUGCAGCUACUGCUGGUCUAACUCCAGAACAAAUUAAGGCCAAGAAAGAGGAACUUCUAGCUAAACUUGAGACUCUGAAGGCUAAGAAGGAGGCAGAGCUCUGCAAAACCCCAAGCACUGAAUCACUCACUUCAGAUUCCCUGGAAACUGAGGAAUUAAAGAAAGACACAGAUGAAAAAGACACUGUUGGUAAGAAGAAUAAGACUAGUUCAAUGCAAAAAGAAAAAGAGGCAGAUGUACAUGAAAAGAAGACUACUGAAGAAGUACCGGAAACUAAAGAGAAAAAGAAAAAAUCUUUGAAGAUAAAGAAAUCAGCAAAGAAGGAAGAGGAAACAGCUGAAUCUAAGGCAGGAAGAGGUGAGGCUGAAGAUACAACAGAGAGCUUGUCAAAGGAGGAAGAGUCUCCUGAAAAGAAGGGGAAAAGGAAAAAGAGCCUUGUUUCUGGAGUAAAGUCUGCUAUAGCUUCUAAGGUUUCUGAAGUAAAAUCUGCUAUUGUGUCCAUAGUUGGAAAGAAAGCAGAGACUGCAGAAGCAGGAGAAAUUGGUGAAGAUACAGAAGUACAGAAGGAUACAGGAGAUGCUGUAGACAGUAACAAGGAAGAAGAAGCAAGUCCUGAAACUGAGCCAAGCCUGAAGCUCAAGACAGAAAUGUACGAGGAAUCUUCAAUUCAGAUGGAUGCUACUGUGGCUCUCAAGAAGAAAGCUGGAGAGCCUUCAGUAGAGGAGGAAGCUACAGUGUCUUUGAAGAAGGCUAAGAAGGAAGGUGAAGAUGAAGCUACUGCCGAAUUGUCCUUAGACUUGAAAGCAGCCAAAGGUAAGAAGAAAGAUGAGGAUAGUAAGAAAAAGAAGGCCAAAUCACCAGAGCAAACCAGUUCAGAUCUUAAAGAAGAAGCUGGAAAAGCUGCUCAGCAUGCCAAGGUAAAGGAAGGUGUCCAGGCAGAGAUGAAACAGGCCCUUGUGAUGGAGACUGCUGAAGUUAUUUGUGGUGAUGUUCCAGAGACUCUCAAACUGGAACAAGCUAAAACUCAAAAGGCACAGGCAGGUCAAAUUUUAGUGACUGGUAUAGCAGAACAGCAGCAGCAGCAGGUGCUCUCUGCUGUCCAAGAUAUUUCUCAGUAUUCACAAGCUCAAGAAACUGUAGCAGAUUUCAGUGAUUCCUUGGAGCCUUUGCAACUUGCUGAACAAUAUGGCUUUGAAUAUGCAGAGGCCUUUGAAGCACUGACACCUGAGCAGCAAGUGGCUCUGCAGAUAGAUCCAAGUUACCGAGAAGCUCUGAUCGUUGCCAUCAGGGAAGGAUCUUCCCAGGUCGGGGAACUGUCACAGCAGAGUAUACAGGAGGCACAAGCUUAUCCUCAACAAAUCCUUCAUGAGGCUGUUCAGAGCUAUGAACAAAUGGCAAUGUCUGGGGAAUUUAAGGACAUUGGUGAGUACAUGCGAGCAAUGAGUGACAGAGCUAAAGUUCUUACCGAGACGGCCAGGAAGGCAAUAAUGGUUCAGGAAGCUGAUGUUGAUGAUGCCAAUCUUCGUGCUUUCAGUAAGGAGGAUGUGUCAUCAAUGCUGACAGUUGCAGAAGAGAAAGGUGGAUCAGUUGCUGAAUACAUUAUUGUACAAGAGCCUGACCUGCAGUCUGAAGCUGCAAUUGUGUCACAGCGACCUGCAGCUCAUCCUGAGAAGGCUGUUGCUGGCAUAGUGGAAGGUGCAGCAGAGUCUGCUACCAUUGGAAAACCUCCUGUAAUAUCUGAAAUGGGAAAGCAAGAGAAAUCUGAGAAGAAAGAUGCUGAUAAAAAAGCUAAGAAAGCUUCUAGUGCCCAAUUAGUUGGUGUUGAAGAAAAGGUAUCUAAAGAUGAGGCUCAAGCAGUAAAGGUAUCUGAAGUAGAUUCAGCUACUGCAAAGAAGGCCAAGCUGGAAGAGGAGGAAUCUCAAGUUGAUGAGGCUGUUGCAGCUACUGCUGGUCUAACUCCAGAACAAAUUAAGGCCAAGAAAGAGGAACUUCUAGCUAAACUUGAGACUCUGAAAGCUAAGAAGGAGGGAGAGCUCUGCAAAACCCCAAGCACUGAAUCACUCACUUCAGAAUCCCUGGAAACUGAGGAAUUAAAGAAAGACAAAGAUGAAAGAGACACUGUUGGUAAGAAGAGUAAGACAAUUGUAGAGCAAGAAAAGAAACCUGCUGAAGAAGCACAAGAAACCAAAGAGAAGAAAAAAUCUCAGAUAAAGAAAUCAGCAAAGAAGGAAGAGGAAACAGCUGAAUCUAAGGCAGGAAGAAGUGAAGCUGAAGAUACAACAGAGAGCUUGUCAAAGGAGGAAGAGUCUCCUGAAAAGAAGGGGAAAAGGAAAAAGAGCCUUGUUUCUGGAGUAAAGUCUGCUAUAGCUUCUAAGGUUUCUGAAGUAAAAUCUGCUAUUGUGUCAGCAGUUGGGAAGAAAGCAGAGACUGCAGAAGCAGGAGAAAUUGGUGAAGAUACAGAAGUACAGAAGGAUACAGGAGAUGCUGUAGACAGUAACAAGGAAGAAGAAGCAAGUCCUGAAACUGAGCCAAGCCUGAAGCUCAAGACAGAAAUGUACGAGGAAUCUUCAAUUCAGAUGGAUGCCACUGUGGCUCUCAAGAAGAAAGCUGGAGAGCCUUCAGUAGAGGAGGAAGCUACAGUGUCCUUGAAGAAGUCUAAGAAGGAAAGUGAAGAUGAAGCUACUGCCGAAUUGUCCUUAGACUUGAAAGCAGCCAAAGGUAAGAAGAAAGAUGAGGAUAGUAAGAAAAAGAAGGCCAAAUCACCAGAGCAAACCAGUUCAGAUCUUAAAGAAGAAAAAGCUAAGAUAGCUACUAAAAGCAAAGCUGAUGUGGAAAAAGCCAAGUCUCUUGAGCAAGAAGAUUAUAAGGUUGCUAGUGAAUUAUUGGAAGAUGUUACUUUAUCUGAUGCAAAGUAUGCAGAGGCCUUUGAAGCACUGACACCUGAGCAGCAAGUUGCUCUGCAGAUUGAUCCAAGUUACCGAGAAGCUCUGAUCGUUGCCAUUAGGGAAGGACCUUCCCAGGUCGGGGAACUGUCACAGCAGAGUAUACAGGAGGCACAAGCUUAUCCUCAACAAAUCCUUCAUGAGGCUGUUCAGAGCUAUGAACAAAUGGCAAUGUCUGGGGAAUUUAAGGACAUUGGUGAGUACAUGCGAGCAAUGAGUGACAGAGCUCAAGUUCUUACCGAGACGGCCAGGGAGGCAAUAAUGGUUCAGGAAGCUGAUGUUGAUGAUGCCAAUCUUCGUGCUUUCAGUAAGGAGGAUGUGUCAUCAAUGCUGACAGUUGCAGAAGAGAAAGGUGGAUCAGUUGCUGAAUACAUUAUUGUACAAGAGCCUGACCUGCAGUCUGAAGCUGCAAUUGUGUCACAGCGACCUGCAGCUCAUCCUGAGAAGGCUGUUGCUGGCAUAGUGGAAGGUGCAGCAGAGUCUGCUACCAUUGGAAAACCUCCUGUAAUAUCUGAAAUGGGAAAGCAAGAGAAAUCUGAGAAGAAAGAUGCUGAUAAAAAAGCUAAGAAAGCUUCUAGUGCCCAAUUAGUUGGUGCUGAAGAAAUGGUAUCUAAAGAUGAGGCUCAAGCAGUAAAGGUAUCUGAAGUAGAUUCAGCUACUGCAAAGAAGGCCAAGCUGGAAGAGGAAGAAGCUCAAGCAGAAGAGGCUGUUGCAGCUACUGCUGGUCUAACUCCAGAACAAAUUAAGGCCAAGAAAGAGGAACUCCUAGCUAAACUUGAGACUCUGAAAGUUGAGAAUAAGGCAGAGGUUUGUGAAACAAAAACUGCAAAAGAGGAAAAGAAGGAAGAAAUCCUCAACUUGAAAGGAGAAUCAGUUGCAAAACUUGGAGAGUCCAGAGAAAAGAAUGAAGAAGAAAAGAAUGAUGCCAAAGCAAAGUCUCCUGAGCCUAAGAAGAAAGAAGCUAAAAAGGAGGAAGAACAAAUUCCAAAGGAUAAGGAGGAGGAAAAGAAGAUUAAGGAAGCCAAAAAGCUUGAAAAGAAAGAAGAGAAGGAAGUCACUGAAAUGAAGAAAACUGAAUCUAAAAAAAUAGAUGAAAAAUCAAUAACUCAUGAAACAAAGAAGGCAGAAGAGAAAAAGGUACAAGAGACUAACAAACUUGAUGAAAAAGAUAAAGACAUAAAAGAAAUUGAAGAAAAAGAAAAAGUUAAAAAGCUUGAUACAAAGGAAGGAGAGAAAAAAGAAGAAAAGCAAGAAGACAGUAAAAAGCUUGAUAAGAAAGCUAAGUCUCCUGAACCUAAGAAGAAUGAAGAAAAGAAAGAAACUAAGAAGACAGAAGAAGCUAAAAAGCUUGAUAAGAAGGAGGAAGAGAAGAAAGAAUUAGAGAUGAAGCAGGAGGAUGCCAAAAAGCUUGAUAAGAAAGCAAAGUCUCCUGAAUCUAAAAAGGGAGAAGAGAAGAAGGAAGAGGAAGCUAAAAAGCCAGAUAAGAAAGAAGAUGAAGCUAAAAAGCUAGAUGAGAAGGAAGAAGCUGAAAAGAAAGCUAAAAAGCUUGAUAAGAAGGCAAAGUCACCUGAACCCAAGAAGGAAGAAGAAAAGAAAGAAACCAAAAAGAAAGAAGAGGACACUAUUAAACUUAAGGAGGAAGAAGAGAUGAAAGAAGUUGGGAAGAAGCAGGAUGAUGCAAAGAAGCUUGAUAAGAAAGCAAAGUCCCCUGAACCUAAGAAGGAUGAAGAGAAGAGGGAAGCUGAAGAGAAGGACAAGAAGCUUGAUAAGAAAGAAGAAAAGGUUAAGAAGCUUGAUAAGAAGGAAGAAGAGAAGGAAGAAGCUAAAAAGAAGGAAGAGAAAGAAGAAGAAAAGAAGGAAGAGGAGACUAAGAAGCUUGAUAAGAAGGCUAAGUCUCCUGAACCCAAGAAGGAAGAAGAAAAGAAGGAAGAGGAGACUAAGAAGCUUGAUAAGAAGGCAAAGUCUCCUGAACCUAAGAAGGAAGAAGAGCCAAAGAAGCUUGAUAAGAAGGAGGAAGCUAAAAAGAAAGAUGAGGCUAAGAAGGAAGAAGCAGAAAAGAAGAAGGAAGAGGAGGCAAAGAAGCUUGACAAGAAGGCCAAGUCUCCUGAACGUAAGAAGGAAGAAUCAGAAAAGAAGAAGGAAGAGGAGGCAAAGAAACUUGACAAGAAGGCCAAGUCCCCUGAACGUAAGAAGGAAGAAGCAGAAAAGAAGAAGGAAGAGGAGGCAAAGAAACUUGACAAGAAGGCCAAGUCCCCUGAACGUAAGAAGGAAGAAGCAGAAAAGAAAAAGGAAGGGGAGGCAAAGAAGCUCGACAAGAAGGCCAAGUCCCCUGAACGUAAGAAGGAAGAGAGCGAGAAACAGGAAAGGAGUGCCAAGUCUCCAGAACCCAAGCCAAGGAAGCGGUCAAGUGUCAAGGAGGCUGAAAUCAAGGCUGCUGAGAAAGCCAAAUCCCCGGAGAGAAAGCGAUCAAGUCUUCGGGAGGAGGAAACUAAGACUGCUAAAGCCAAGAUGGAAGCAGAGAAGGCAAAGUCCCCUGAGCCACCUCCAAGAAGAAGGGCAAGUCAGGUGGACAAUGAAGCCUCUCCCAAGAAGGCCAAGUCUCCUGAGGGUGAGAAAAGAAGGCAGAAGGACACAGACAAGGCUCAAGACUCAGCAACGACAACCACCCGAGCUGCUGAACUUCGCCAACAGGAGGAGAUUCUCAGGAAGAAGGAGAAGAAGGAUGAACCACCUAAAGAGGAUGAACAGGACAGACUGAAAAAGCUAGAGAAGAGAAGACAGGAUCAGGAGAAAAUGAUGAGAGAGGAAGAAGAACGGAUAAUGAAGGAGGAGGCAGACCGAAGGGAAAAGAGGAGACAGAGGAUGAUGGAGGAAGAAAAGGCAUACAAAGAGAGACAGGCUAAGUAUGCCAAAGAAGAAGCAGAGAGAGAAGAAAGAAGGCUGAAGCAAAGAAAGGAAGAAGAAAAGGUAAUUAAGGAGAAAGAGAUGGAAAGACAAAGAAGGAAGGAAAAAGAAAAGCAGGAAAGAAGGCAGCGUUUGCAGAAGGAGCUGGAAGAGGAUGAAAGACGUAUGGAGGAGGAGGAGGAAAGGAGGAGAGAUAGGAGGAGGAAGAGGGAGGAGUUAGAUAAGCUUUUGGCUGAAGAAGAGGAAAGAAGAGAGAUGGAGUCAAGGAAGAGAGUUGAGAUGGAAAAGAAGAAGCUGGAGGAAGAACUACGAGGACGAGAGGAGAUGAAGAGGAGGAGGGAAGAAGAACUCAAGAAACAAGGGGAGGAGUUCUUGAGAAAGGAAGAAGAGAGGCGCCAGAAGAAGGCUGAGGAGCGCAAACGCUGGCAGGAGGAGGAGCAGCAGCUGGACAGAGAGCUGAGUGAAAAAUCCAGGUACAAGAUUGAGUACUCAGACAAGGAGCUCCUCUCUGUAGACAGAUAUGGCUCACUGGAGAGAAGACCUCUCACUCCGGAUGGUGAAUUCCUGAGCAAACGUGACCCCAAGCGCCGACCAAAGUUCAGCACAAAGCUUCAGGACAGACAGGCGGUGAAGGGCAGUCGCAUUCGCCUCACCUGCAAUAUCCUGUACCCAAUGGAUGAACCCUCACCAGAGAUUGAGUGGUUCAAGAGUGGCUAUCCAGUACGGGAGGAUGAGCGGAUAAAGAUCAUCAACCACGAGGGAGUGGCCUGUCUGGAGCUGUGCCAUGUCAAUCGAAGCGACUCUGCUGAGUAUACCUGCACUGCCAGGAAUCGCCAUGGCCGCGUCUCCACUACCUGUGACCUGCGGGUGAAGGGAGAGGAGGACCAUAAGCCCACGCCUCCUACCUUUACCACCAGCCUGAGAGAACGCUAUGUGAGUGAGGAUGACCAGUUGGUGUUGUCCUGCCAUGUAAUGGGUUACCCUCAGCCCAAGAUCACCUGGCUCAAGGAUGCCGACAGGUUGCCUGCCUCACCGCGCUUCCAGACCUCCAUCACCGAGGAAGGCAUAUGCAAACUGAUCAUCACCUCUCCUCGCUCUGCUGACUCAGGGAAUUACACUUGUCAUGCUGAGAACAGAGUGUAUCGCGAUGAGAUAUCCGGAGCAGUGCAAGUCCAGGCUCUGCUUGAGAAACAACGCAAACACGAUGGUCGGCCAGAUGAAAGUGAGUGCCCACGUUUCAUCAGUGAGCUGUGCGAUCAGUUUGUGGAGGAGAAUGGCACACUCACACUGCAGGUGGAGGUGGCAGGCUCCCCAACCCCAGAGGUCCUGUGGCAGUUCAAUGGAAGGCUGCUGCAUCCAUCGGGCAAGUUCCGCAUUUCAGCCACUGGUGGGACGCACACCCUCACAGUGUUCCAGGUCACCUCCAAGGACUUGGGCUGCUACUCCUGCAGGAUCACAAACAAGUAUGGACAGUCAUACACCAUGAGCACUGUCAACUUUGGCACUCCCAAGACCCGGCGCGGGGCGCAGGUUGAGAAGGGAGAUAAGGAGGUGAGGGCUCCCACUUUCACCACACGCCCAGAGAGCAUGAUCACAGUGCUGCGGGAUGAGGAAAUCCAUCUGAGCUGUGCUGUCCAGGGAGAGCCCACACCAAGGGUGUCAUGGCUGAAAGGGACUCAGGAUGUGGUGAACACAGGCCGUGCCCACAAGACAGUGCGGGACAACCAACACUCGGUGGUGAUUCGCAGCGCUCAGAUCUCAGACUCUGGCACCUACACUGUCGAGGCCAAGAACAUCAGUGGCUCUGUCAGAGCUUACUGCAGUGUUAAGGUGAGGGAGAACUUCCGAUCUCGCAGUUACUCCCCCCGAGGGCGAGAUGAGAAGUUCCCUGUCAAUGUAGAAGAGGAGCCACGUCUCACCUCAGGCAGAUUCAUCAGAGAUGUCCCAGGCAAGGUUGGCACUCCAAAGGCCCGAGAUGUGGGCAGGAACUGGGUGUCACUGCACUGGGCCAAGCCACAGCACAUGGGCAGUGUGGUGGUGAAUGCUUACAAGGUGGAGGGCUGGAUACUUGGGGAGGAGGCACGCUGGCAGGAGUACGGCGUGUCCCCCAUCCCAUCAUUUGACGUGUACAACCUGAAAACUGACCGUGAGUACCUGUUCCGGGUGACCCCUAGGAACAAGUAUGGGUGGGGUGAGGCAGCCAUGACUCCCCAGCCCGUCCGAGUGGGGCGGCGCGUGGAGCCUCCAACCUUCCCCCAUGCUCUGCCACACCAUGUUAGGGCCAUGCCAGGCAGUUCCAUCUGCAUUGAUGCCCAGGUGACAGGUGAACCAGUGCCUGAGGUCCGCUGGUACAAGGAUGGUACCUAUGUGGAUAUUCAGCGCUACCCUCGCUUCUCAUCCUUCUCCACAGAGAGCUCGGUUCACAACGUGUUUGGUCUGGUGAUCAAGGUGAGCUUGAGGAUUGAUGACUUACAGUGGGAGGAUGAGGGCAAGUAUGAGCUGGAGGCGGUGAACCCGGGCGGGCGGGUCACCUCCUUCGCCAGGCUCACUCCUACACAUGACUGCUCCGUCCUUGAGGCUCAGGAGCGCAUCAACAGCAACCUGAUGGCACUGUCCCGGCUGGACAGUGCCCCCAGCAUGGCGCCACAUUUCACCAUGCGCCUCAGAGACCGCCGGGUUCAGGUGGGCUUCCCAGUGCGCCUCACCUGCCAGAUUGUGGGCAUCCCUCGCCCUCAAGUCACCUGGUUCAAGGAUGAUAAUCUGGUCACACCUGAUGAGGGACACAUCAUAUGGCAGGAGGAUGGUAACUUCCACACUCUUGAGAUCUCCAAUGCCUCCCACUCUGAUGCCUCCAUAUACUCUGCCUGUGCUGUCAACGCUCACGGCUCCAUCCUGUGUAGCUGCCGCCUCAUUGUGGACACCGGUCUGAGGUCGUACAUCUCACCCAUGUUCUUGAAGGAGCUGGAGGAUGUGAGUGUGAGGGAGGAAGAGAUCAUCUUCCUGGAGACAGUGAUUGAGGCUUACCCCACUAUAGGAGUUGUCUGGCACCGGGAUGGCCAGCGCAUCAGGCCAUCCCGCAAGCACUCCUUCUCUCUCGACCCUGACGGCAUAGCGACUCUGGAAAUACGAAAUGCCGACUACACCGACGGCGGUAUCUACACUUGCACCGCCAAGAACGAGAUGGGUCAUAUCGAGUCCAUGUGCCAUGUGUCUGUCCUGUGCACUGACUCCGACCUUGCGACCAAGCGACGUGUGGCCUUGAGGCCAAGCAAGAAGCCCAUGUUUGUGAGGAAGCCCCGGGCCGUGGAAGUUCAGGAGGGCGACUUGGUGGUCAUCGAGUGCGAGGUGGCAGGGGAGCCCAAGCCGCACGUAACCUGGGUGCGCGACUGGCUAAAGCCGGGCGAUUCGAGUGACGGUUUGAGGUUCCAGGAAGCGGGCUUGGGUCCUGUGUUCCGCCUGGAGAUCCCGAGCUGCCGCCUGGAGGACGCCGGCGCCUACAGUAUUGUCGCUAAGAACGAGCAUGGAGAGGCCCGGGCCGUUGUGUCUUUGCAGGUGUAUGCUAAAGGCGUGAAGGUUGACAUGGAAGGACGACCGGUAAAGAGAGGCGUGAUGGAGCGGGCGCCGGUGGUGACGCGGCCCUUGCAGGACGUCCGCUGCUGCGACGGAGACUCGAUCACCCUCGAGGCUCAAGUGGACGCCCCGAAGAAUGCCACCAUCCGCUGGGAGAAGCAGGGCAAGUUGCUGAAGCUUGGUGGUGACCUGGAGAGUGACUGGGACGGAUCGUGCGUGAGGCUGAGGAUUCACGAGGUGUAUCCAGAGGACGAGGGCGAGUACUCGUGCAUCAUCCUGAGUGAUCUGGGCAAGGCUGUCACUUCUGCCACCCUCAUUGUGGAGAUGGCUGACGACAAGGAGAAUGAUGUUACAGUUCAACUAGACUACCGACCAGACCUCUCCCGCAGGACCACACCCUCCAGGACCACACCAUCCAGAUACUCUCGCUCGCCUUCCUUCCAGCGUGAAGGUAGUGCUCACUCUUGGGCUGGCGUUGGCUGGCGAGAACCCUCCAUCAACAUCUCCCACUGGCGGCCUCUCUCUCGCGGCUCCUCCCCGCUGCUGCUAGCCCGCCGCCGCACACCAGACCCCAUCCCACACAUCAAGGGCAAACGGUCACACGGCCCCAAGUUCUACUACAUCCCACAUGACCGCAUUGUGGAGGAGGGAGAGACUGUAACCUUCCAAUGUGCUGUCAAAGGUCAUCCCACACCCCGGGCAGUGUGGGACAAGGACUCCCUCAUCCUGCAUGAGGGCGGCCGCUACAAGAUGGAGGCGCUGAAUGAGACAAGAACACUCGAGAUUCCUAAAGUUACCCAACAAGAUGCUGGCCUCUACAGGGUCACCAUUGAAAACGACCUUGGACGGGAACAGGCCACUGCUAGGCUGGAUGUCAUCAAAGCAUCAGGCAACAAAUACACAGGCUAUGUAAGGUCCUGGUAUUCCUCCCCCAUCACCCCCCCACAGUUCACCCGGUCCAUGCCGUCAUCAAGGGUGAGGGAUGGUGGGCGGCUGCACCUGACCACUGAGUACCGUGGCUCCCCAUUGCCUCAAGCCAAGUGGUAUAGAAACCAUGAGUUGCUACCUUUUUGUGAGGACUAUGUGCAGACAUGUGAUGGCCGGUCAGCAUCCCUGGAGAUACCCUCAGUCUCCUCGUCAGAUGCUGGCACCUACACCUGCGUGCUAGUCAAUGAUGCUGGCAAGACUGAAUGUUCCUGUGAGGUGGUGGUGGAGCAUCAUAACGAGAGACAAGACCAGCCACCAUUCUUCCUGCGAGAACUCCAGGAUCUUACUGUCCUUGAUGGUGAUGAGGUGACACUGUCUGUGAAGCUUUCAGGCUCCCUCCCCAUGAAGGUGGUGUGGGUGCGCAACGACAAAGUAUUGCCUGACGGCCAGGACUUCCACUACCUGGAUGACGGCAGCGGCACACACUCACUGGUGAUGCGCGAUGUGUUCCCAGAGGAUGCUGGUGUUUACAUCUGUGAGGCAUACAAUGCUCAUGGGGAGGCUCACUGCUACUGUCGCCUUAGAGUGCACGACCCGUGUGCCAGCCAGAACAGUGUGCCGCAGAUCGUCGGUGCCCUCACCCCACUGGAGGUGGAAGAGGGCUCGGCUGCCAGGUUCUCCAUCACUGUCCACGGCUUCCCUCAGCCUGCUGUGUCCUGGUUCUGUGAUGGCCGAAAACUUGACCCUACCCCAAGAAUGAAGGUUGAGGCAGACAGUGAUGCAGGCAUUGGUGAGCCAGUGAAGCAUACUCUGGGCAUCCUUCAUGCACUCUCCACCGACUCAGGCGUCAUCUCCGUGGUGGCCUCCAAUUGUCUGGGAUCCGACACCACCGCCACCACACUCAAGGUGAAUCCUUACACUCCCUCGAAGCCAAAUGAAAAGGAAGCCACUAAUGGUGCUUCCUCCUCCACCAUCCUCACGUCAGACUCCCCUGCACCAAGAAUCAGACCUCUGUUGAAAGAGGUUUCCCAGAGAAGCACAACCUCACCAAGCACAGACUCUGCUUAUGGCAGUGUUAGCCUGAGGGACUCCACCAGUGCCUGCAGCAGCUCCCUCUCCAACUUCAGUGAGCUGGAGGAUGACCACAGCACCUCCAAGGAUCAGCCUUCAAGGAUUAAACCAUUAAAGUCCCUGAAAUUCAAAGACCAAGAAGAGGUUCAGGGAAAUACAAAUGGUGAAAUGAUUGAAGAAGACGGAGUUGAGGAGGAUGAAGAGGAGGAAGAAACUGGGGUUGAGAUUUUAGAGGGGCCUCGAGACAUCACUGUUGUGAAGGGCCAGUCAGCCACAUUCACCGCCACCUUCACUGGUAACCCCAAGCCUGUUGUGUCCUGGCUGAAGAAGGAGCAAGUGAUCAUGGAUGGGGGGAGAUAUGAGGUGAAGAACGAGGAUGGCCGCACCAGCCUCACUAUCCAUGAUGUGGUGCAGCAGGACUGUGACAAGUACACCAUUGUGGUGCGGAACUCACUCUGUGCCCAUGCCGCCUUUGCCUCCUUGGCUGUGGGAAGUGCCCCAGAACCACCCGCUGACAAACCAAACUUCUGUGAAGUGACAGCUGAUUCAGUGACGCUCUCCUGGUAUGGCCCAACUUACGAUGGUGGCUCAGUGGUGACCGGUUAUACUGUGGAGGCACGGAAGGUUGGCAAGGAGGAUUGGUACACCCUCAUCAGCGGGUGUCACUCCACUUCCUAUAUUGCACGUGGUCUGGAGGAGAAUUGCCAGUAUGAGUUCAGAAUACGUGCCCAGAAUAUGCAUGGCUUGUCGGAGCCGUCACGACCAUCCUGCCCCAUCACCAUCCAGGAGCCUUCCGUCACCAAAACCUGCACAGAGGAACCACAUCCUGAAGAAGAGUAUGACCCAGAGUCUGCUCCAGUGAGUAAAAAGAUUCAGCCUGGUGACAUGUUUGACAAGCAUUACAAGCUACAUGAGGAGGUGGCCAAGGGACGCUUUGGCAUUGUGUACAGAGUCACUGAGAAGAACUCUGGCAAGAAACGAGCUGCCAAGAUUGUCAAGUGUAUAAGAAGUGUAGACAAAGAAAAGGUUCUUGAAGAAAUUGACAUCAUGAAUGCCUUGCGUCACCCCAAGCUCCUGCAGCUUGAAGCAGCCUUUGAGCGGGCCAGAGAGUUCAUCAUGGUCAUGGAAUACAUCACUGGCGGUGAGCUGUUUGAACGUGUGGUGGCCGACGACUUUGACCUCACAGAGAGAGAUUGCAUCCUGUUUGUGCGGCAGAUCUGUGAGGGAGUCAACUACAUGCACAAAAAUCUUAUUGUGCAUCUGGAUUUGAAGCCAGAGAACAUCCUUUGUGUGACCAGAACCUCACAUCAGAUCAAGCUUAUUGACUUUGGCCUGGCACGCCGCUUCAAUCCCGACGACCCAUGCCGCGUGUUAUUUGGCACCCCAGAGUUCAUCGCCCCUGAGGUGAUCAACUACGAGCCCAUUGGGUUUGCCUCUGACAUGUGGUCUGUGGGCGUGAUCUGCUAUGUCUUGCUGUCGGGUCUCUCCCCCUUUGCUGGUGACAGCGAUGCUGAGACCUUCGCAAACAUCACACGUGCCGAGUUUGAUUUUGAUGAUGACGCUUUCGUUGCCAUAUCAGACGAUGCCAAAGAUUUCAUUACAUCUCUUCUCAUCAGCAGGAAAGAAAAGCGACUGACAGCUGAGCAGUGCUUCAACCAUCCUUGGCUGGCCCAAACUGAGGCCGACAUGAACAAGGUUGUUCUCUCCACCGACAAGCUCAAGAAGUUCAUCAUUAGACGGAAAUGGCAGAAAACUGGAAAUGUCAUCCGUGCCGUGGGGCGCAUGUCCUUCCUCACCAAUCGCCGCUGCUCCCAGCCCUCCUCUCCCACCCGCCUCUUUACCCUCCCAGAGAACCAGACUCAGACCCCGUCCCCUAACACCACCACCUCCUCCAACCUGGCCAACCCCACCAAGAGCAAGGGUUGUGCUCCUGUCACUCGCCCCUCGCACAGUAUAGUCAGCGAGCGGAGUGAUUCUGGUAUCAGUGAAUGUUCCUUUAAUGUUGAAGAAAACAAUCAGAAUCCUCAAGCCAACCAGUUUGGUGUCACUAACAGCCGUGCUGUUACAGGAUGCAAUGUUCUCAAAAGUGGUAAGACGCCUUCAUUAGACUGGCAGUCGUCUGUGGACUCUGCAGUCUGCGAUGAUGACUACAUCAGUAAGAGCAGCUACAGCUCCUCACCCAGAAAGAUCUCACGUGAGGGACUCAUCCACGCCAAGACAGCAGCUGCAGACACUCUCCUCAACGCCCACUCAAGAAUAUGAGGAAAUCUUGUACAGAGAUCUAGUUUUGUUCAGAACUUUGCCGUUAAAUUUUAUAGAUAAUUAUGUACAUAUUUUUGUGGAUUUUUUGCGUCUUAAUUUAAAUGGCCUUUAAUCUUUAGAGAGGUGCAAAGAAGCAACAGAAAUAGUGUUUCCCAAAACCAAAUUGUACAGGCCACUGGGACAGCACAGCUAUCUCACCUCAGCCAUGAGGCAUGAGCUAUGACUGUCCCACAAGGCCUCUACUUGACCUGAGCAUGCCAACGAAGCAGCCCCUCCCCAUCUGGUGUGUGCAUCUCCCCUCUACUACAGCUACCAGCAGCAGCAGGGCAAAGUAGGGAUAGAGAUGCCAUGAGGGAGGAAUGUCCCCGGGCGCCCCUGUGCCACCUCUGAACUGUCUCGUGGAGGGACAGGUCUGGCCCUUGUGCUGGUGCCAUCCAGAGGACCAGACACAGUGCCAAGGACUCAGCCAUCUGGAUGUUGAAGAACACUGUGGAAAGGUUUAUCUACAGUAUGAAAUAAUGGUGUGAAAACCCCCCAAAGUUACCAGUGAUGACAAGUGAUGCCUGAGUCUGUUAUAUCUUUUUGUUGACUUAAUGUGUCAUGUGAGUUAGUUUCAUCAUGCUCUAAAGCCUUGUUUACUCUGCUGUUCAUUGUAUUGUGUGUGUUCUCGGUAAAUGCCAAAUUCUAGACUUUAUUGCAGUGCCAAGCAAAUUUUACAUGGUUUGCCUUAUAUCAUUCCACAUUCACAUUUCAUUUACUAUGAUUGCAUUUUAUGAGCUGAAAUAUCAUCUGUUGUUUUGUUCACAAUUAAUAUAUUAUUAAUCUUGCAUAAACUGUUUUGUUCGCUUUACUUUUUUUAUGUCCAUUCUCAAACACAUAUUUUACCAAAAGUGAUACCGAGCACUGCACUGCUCUGCCAUAAGCGAGCAGAGGACCUGGUGUGGCCUCAAAAAGUCCACAUCCCGGAGGGCUUCACCCUGAAGGAGCCUGACCCUCUGCUCCUCACCUGAAGUCUAAAUGAAGGUUGAUCAAUAGUUACUUGAAAGCAGUCUAACCAGGAUUUGGAUCACCAUAAGUCAUUGCCAAAUCUCCACUGCAAUGGGAUAGAAGGACUGAGGUUGUUGCUUUAAAUAGACCUAAGUAAACCAGCAGACCACAGCCACCUUUGUGCCCCAGAGCAGGUAUUGCUACUAGAGAUAGAGGGCUGGAUGAUGAUGACUCACUUGUGUAGCUCCAUAUUGUGAUAUUGUAGAUAAUUACCCAAAUAUAUGCAUGAUAUUGCUGUUAAGAAAUUAAAAAAAGAUUUCUCUG